GUUUGAAAAUCUUUCAGGAAGUGUAUAUCCGCUUUGACGAGGACGUAAACAAACGUAGCUUAGCAAUCUAAACCUUGCUGUAACCAUUGAGCGAUUGUACCGUAGUACAAUGUGUUUCUCUGCCGUCUUGAUCUAGAACGAUCUGAUAUCCGGUACCAGGACCCGGCGUUUUGUUAAGAGCUUUACUUGAGAAGAUCUCAACUCAACAAUGUCUACUUCAAAUUUCAAGAAUAAGUGCGUGACGCAAGUCAACUGUAUAUACUGUGACAAUCUGCUGUGUAUGAGAGGGAUGAAAGCUGUACUUUUGGCUGACACGGAAAUAGAGUUGUUCUCAACCGACAUACCACCAAAUAGGACUGUUGAUUUUGUGGCCAGCUGCUAUUCCACUGAAAGCUGCAAAUGCAAAUUAAGAGAUAUUGCUUGUUUGAAAUGUGGGAAUGUUGUGGGAUAUCACGUGGUGGCCCCAUGCAAGCCCUGCUUGCUGUCUUGCAACAAUGGUCACUUCUGGAUGUUCAACAGUGAGGCUGUGUCCACCAUCAAUAGACUGGAUGCAACAGGGCAGAACCUGCUGCUGUGGGGAGAUCUUCCAGAACUGGAGGACAGUGAUGACGAGAGCCUGGACCGUCUCUCAGAAGAAGAUUACCUCAGAUAGAAACACGCGUCUAAAGGAAGUAGACUCACAUAAAUCUCCGUUUAAAGCACAUUGUCUUAUCUUUAGCUGACUGGGAACAGGCAAAAGGAAAAAAAAAAUCAGCUUGAUUUAUAUGCAUUUUCGUUCUGCAUCCUCUCACUUUACUUUAAGCAUGUCAGAGUGCCAUUACCAAACAAUGUUUCCGUUUUCUUUGCUUUACGGUUACAGUAGCACAAAACAUGAUGAUUGGAUUUAAAGAUUUAUGAUGUUAUCCUCAUACAGUAUGUCUUUAUUCAGCAUUCACAAAUGGUUCAAGAAGAUUAACAGUAGUGUUACUUUGAGGUGUUAAUAGAAUUUAUUUGCUCCGUUACGAAAGCAAUUUUUGGAAGGCAGGCCAAUGGCCACCCAUCUAACAUUUUUUUUGAUAGAUAGAUAGAUAGAUAGAUAGAUAGAUAGAUAGAUAGAUAGAUAAAUAGAUAAGGAUUAACAAUCGUGCAAAAUUGUAUGCUGUUUCCACAAGUCUAGGUGGUUUUAUAUGAUGAAAAUGACUGACAUUUACCAUGUUUUAAUGGUUUACCAGUAUAUUUGUCCAUUUUAAUUGAAUGUCACACAUUGUCUCCUAAAGAUGAAUAUCAAUUGAUACAUGUAUCCUAAACUAGGCUUAAUCUUGUCUUUCAUCUGAUUAUUUUCUGUACUUCAAUUUUUCAUGGCUUUGAAAUUUUGAAGUGGCACAAAAUGAUUUGGUAACUUUGAGUAGUUAGGUCUCAGCUCGGUGACAUUUGGCAUUUAAACAACUUUGAUUUAAAAAUGUUAUGGCACACUCUUUUCAAUGAACGCAGUUUCAUGAUUUUAUUUUUAUUUAUAGUUUAAAAUUGGUUCUUUUUGUACUCCAGUUAUGUUUCACUGUUUGUCAACAGAGAAAUCAUGAAGAAAAAAAAUGACAGAAAGAAAUCUGUACUUAAUUACUGUAAAUGCUACAUGAAACUGACAUACUGGACAAAGCAUUUUUAAGAUGUCAGGUUUUUUUGUUCCAUGGAGGUAACAAAAUGAUUUACAUCCUCUUUCAUUUUGAUUUACAAA